AUGGGGAAGAUUGCUGCCCUAAGUAGGCUGAUUUCUCGAGCAACUGAUAGAUGUUUACCUUUCUUCCGUACCCUCAAAAAAGAGUUUGAAUGGACACCAGAAUUCUCCUUAUCAGUAGUAAGUUCAGCUCUAAUUCGAAAGGAAGAUGGGGUUCAGAAGUCGGUGUAUUACACAAAUCGGGCACUUAGGGGUGCCGAGGAAAGAUAUCCCAAAAUGGAGAAAUUAACAUUUGCAUUAGUCAUGUCAGCUAGGAAACUCAGGCCUUAUUUCCAAACUCAUAAGAUAGUGGUAUGGUCAAUAAGUGGAGUAGGGUUGAUCAUCAUCUCCCCAGAAAGAGAAAACAUUGCCUAUGCCCUUCGGUUUGACUUCAAAGCAACAAACAAUGAAGCAGAAUAUGAGGCCCUUAUAGUUGGGUUAAAACUGGUAAAAGUCCUUGGGGUGGAGCAACUCAUAGCAUACACAGAUUCUCAAUUGAUAAUCCCCCAAGAAGAAAAUGCAAAUGCAGAUGCUCUAGCUAGAUUGGCUACCGUGUUAGAUCCGAAGGUGAAUAGGGCAGUACCAUUAGAGUACCUGGAUAAGCCGAGUAUACUUCAAGAAGUUCAAAAGGAGGGAAUGGACAUUAUAGGUCCAUUGCCCAUGGGAAAGGGCCAAGUCCAGUAUGCUAUAGUGGUUAUAGACUACUUCACCAAGUGGAUAGAAGCUGGGCCACUAGCAAGUAUUGCUGAGACGAGCAUAAGAAAAUUUGCUUGGAGGUCAAUCAUUAACAGGUUUGGAAUGCCAAGAGUGCUUGUCACAGAUAAUGGAAAGCAAUUUGAUUGCACAAAGUUUAAGGAUUUUUGUGCUCGACUGGGGAUAAAAAACCGCUACUCAUCACCUGGACACCCUCAAGCAAAUGGUCAGGCUGAGGUGGCGAAUAAAUCGAUACUUCAAAUUAUAAAGAAGAAGCUUAAGGAUAAAAAGGGAACAUGGCCUAAAGAAUUUCCUAGCGUGUUGUGGGCUUAUCGUACAACAGCGGAAACCCCAUUCCUAUUGGUGUGA